UCGCCUGAGGGGGAGCGCCCGCGCGUCGCCGCUGCCGCGAGGCGGUUCGGCUCGGUUCUUGGGCGAUGCUGAUGGCCACCUAGAUUUAUUUUUGCAAUGAAGAAAGGUUCUGUACAAAACAAAUUCUCCAAAACAAGGAUGCCACUGUCAUCGCACUCUCCUAGACCAUCAUCUCUUAUGGCCAAUAUGAGAUCUAGGUCACUUUCACCUUUAAUUGGAUCUGAGGUGCUGCCUUUUCAUUCUGGCAAACAGUGGUGUGAGCAGGCUGAACUUACAGAUGAAAACAACAUACCUUUGGAGUCCCACAACCAUAAAGGAGCCGAUUCAUACAUAGGAGUCCGAUACAUUACAGAAGCCCUCAUUAAAAAGCUCACUAAACAGGAAGAUUUGGCCUUGGUAAAAUCUCUGAACCUCUCACUUUCUAAAGACGGUGGCAAGAAAUUUAGGUACAUUGAAAAUUUGGAAAGAUGCACUAAACUUGAAGUACUGAAUCUCAGCUACAAUCUAAUAAUAAAGAUUGAGAAGAUGGAUAAGCUGUUAAAAUUACGUGAGCUCAACUUAUCAUAUAACAAAAUCAGCAAAAUUGAAGGCAUAGAAAAUAUGUGUAAUCUGCAAAAGCUAAACCUUGCAGGAAAUGAAAUUGAGCAUAUUCCAGUGUGGUUAGGGAAGAAGUUGAGAUCUUUGCAAGUCCUUAAUCUGAAAGGCAAUAAGAUAUCAUCGCUUCAGGAUGUAAGCAAGUUGAAACCUCUUCAAGAUUUGACUUCUCUGAUCCUCAUUGAAAAUCCAGUUGUGGCCCUUCCUCAUUACCUUCAGUUUAUUAUUUUUCACCUCCGUUCACUGGAAAGUUUGGAAGGUCAGCCAGUAACCACUCAAGAUAGACAGGAGGCUUUUGAGAGAUUCAGUUUAGAGGAAGUGGAAAGACUGGAAAGAGACCUAGAAAAGAAGAUGAUGGAAACUGAAGAGCUUAAGAGCAAACAAACAAAGUUCCUUGAGGAAAUUAAAACUCAAGAUAAACUAAACAAAUCAUUAAAAGAAGAAGCCAUAUUACAGAAACAGAGCUGUGAGGAGCUAGAGAGUGAUCUAAACAUGAAAAAUGAAUUGCUAAAACAGAAGACCAUGGAACUAACGCGAGCAUGUCAGAAGCAGUAUGAGCUAGAACAGGAACUGGCCUUUUAUAAAAUUGAUGCUAAGUUUGAGCCAUUAAAUUAUUAUCCAUCUGAGUAUGAUGAAGUUGAUAGAGGCCCUGAUGAAAGCCCUUACAUUGGCAAAUCCAGAUACAAGAGAAACAUGUUUGCCACUGAGAGCUAUAUUUUCAGUGAUCCCCAGGCAGUGCACACUGAGAAGAUGGGGCCGGAUGGAGGAAAGCAACAUAGAAGCGAGCAUGUGAACUUGGACAUGCAACUGGAAGAGAAAGAAAAAAAAAUCAGUGCAGCACAAAUUCGACUAUCAGAAUUACAUAAUGAAAUAGAAACAGCAGAACAAAAAAUUUUAAUAGCUACGGAAGAAUUUAAGCAGCUAGAAGAAGCUAUACAACGAAAAAAGAUUUCAGAAGCAGAGAAAGACCUUCUUUUCAAGCAAUUGAGUAGUAGAAUACAGCUUCUUAAUAAGUUACGCCAGGAAGCUCUGGAUCUAGAAAUGCAGAUGGAAAAGCAAAAGCAAGACAUUGCUGAAAAGCAGGCGGAAGUCAAGAACCUGCAAGUAUCCAUAGAGAGUCUGGAUUCCAAAGACCCAAGACAUUCCCAUAUGAAGGCCCAGAAAAGGGGAAAAGAACAACAGCUUGACAUUAUGAGCAAGCAAUACAAACAAAUGGAAGGCCGAUUGGAUGAAAUACUUUCUAGAAUUGCUAAAGAGACUGAAGAGAUUAAGGAUCUUGAACAACAGCUGACUGAAGGCCAGAUAGCAGCGAAUGAAGCUCUGAAGGCGGAUUUAGAAGGUGUCAUCAGUGGGUUGCAAGAGUACCUGGGGACCAUCAAAGGCCAGGCAACUCAGGCCCAGAAUGAGUGCAGGAAGCUACAGGAUGAGAAAGAGACAUUGCUCCAGAGAUUAACAGAAGUCAAGCAGGAGAGAGAUGAGCUAGAAAUAGUUGCCAUGGAUGCAGAAAAUAUGAGAAAGGAGCUUGCAGAGCUAGAAAGUGCCCUUCAGGAACAGCACGAGGUGAAUGCGACUCUGCAGCAGAGUCAAGGAGAUCUCAGUGCCUAUGAAGCUGAGCUUGAGGCUCAGCUAAAACUAAGAGAUGCUGAAGCCAACCAGCUCAAGGAAGAGUUGGAAAAACUCAGAAGGCAUACUCAGUUGGAACAGUCUGCACUUCAAGCAGAACUUGAAAAGGAAAGACAAUCCCUCAAGAAUGCACUUGGAAAAGCCCAGUUCUCAGAAGAAAAGGAACAAGAGAAUAAUGACCUCCGUGCACAACUUCAGCAGCUGCAGGAUGACAAUAACCUAUUAAAACAGCAACUUAAAGAUUUCCAGAGCCACUUUAACCACGUGGUCGAUGGCUUGAUUCAUCCGGAAGAAGUGGCAGCUCGUGUAGAUGAGCUAAGGAGAAAACUAAAACUUGGUGCUGGGGAAAUGAGAAUCCAUAAUCCUUCAGAUGUCUUAGGGAAAAGUCUUGCUGAUUUACAGAAACAGUUCAAUGAGAUCCUUGCACGCUCCCAGUGGGAAAGAGAGGAAGCACAAGUUAGGGAAAGGAAACUCCAUGAGGAAAUGACUCUCCAGCAAGAGAAAUUGGCAAAUGGACAAGAAGAGUUCAGGCAGGCCUGCGAAAGAGCCCUUGAAGCAAGAAUUAGUUUUGAUAAACGACAACAUGAUGCAAGAAUCCAACAGUUAGAAAAUGAAAUUCACUAUUUGCAAGAACAUCUAAAAAGUAUGGAAGAAAUCCAAGGCCUUACAGAUCUCCAACUUCAGGAAGCUGAUGAAGAAAAGGAGAGAAUUCUGGGCCAACUCCAGGAGUUAGAGAAAAAGAAGAAGCAUGAAGAUGCCAAAUCUCUGGAGCAGUUUCUUGGUUUAGAUAAAGAACUGAAAAGUCUGAAGAAAGCUGUGGCUGCUUCUGAUCAACUAGCGGCAGCUGAGCUCUCCAUUGCCAAAGACCAGCUCAAGUCCCUGCACGGAACUGUUAGGAAAAUUAAUCAAGAGCGAGCAGAGGAGUUGCAGGAUGUGGAGAUGUUCAGCAGAAAGGCAGCACAAGCCAUCAAGGACCUGACCCGAGCUGAAGCAGAGAUCGAACUGCUGCAGAAUCUUCUCAGGGAGAGAGAGGAGCAGUUUCAAAUCGAGAUGGAGAAAGCAGAUGUAGGUGCUAGAGGAGCAAACUCACAGGUGCUAGAAAUCGAAAAAUUGAACGAGAUAAUGGAGAGGCAGAGGACUGAGAUCACAAGGCUUCGGAAUUUGCUAGACCUCACUGGGACUGAUAACAAAGGAGGCUUUGAAAAUGUUUUAGAAGAAAUUGCUGGGCUCCGGCGUGACAUUUCCUGUCAGAAUGAAUACAUAAGCAGUAUGGCAGACCCUUCCAAAAGACAAGGCUACUGGUACUUUAUGCCACCACCACCACCAUCAUCAAAAGUUUCUAGCCAUAGUUCCCAGGUCACCAAGGACUCUGGUGUGGGCCUAAAGUAUACAGCAUCAACUCCUCUUAGGAAACCACAGCCUGGACAGCAAGAGGGGGAGGACAGUAGUGGACCUCCACUUGCCUCAGGAUAUUGGGUCUAUUCACCCAUCAGGAAUAGGUUGCACAAAUCAUUUUCAAAUAGAGAUGCAGAUAGUGAAGGAGAUAGCCAGGAAGAGACUGGGCUGGAUGAGCAAGAAAAUCUCCCAUUUGUGCCUCCUCCUGGGUAUAUGAUGUACACUGUGCUUCCUGAUGGAUCUCCUGUACCCCAGGGCAUGGCUCUAUAUGCACCACCGCCUCCUUUGCCCAACAACUGCAGACCUCUCACCCCUGGUACUGUUGUUUAUGGGCCACCUCCUGCUGGGGCCCCCAUUAUGUGUGGACCUCCUCCCCAGAAUUUCGCUGUCCCCCUCAUCCAUGUGGGUCUGCUGCAUUGCAACGUUCCAGAGCACCAUAACUUGGAGAAUGAAGUGUCUAGAUUAGAAGACAUGGUGCAGCAUUUAAAAUCAAAACGACAGGAAGCCAGGUGGCUGAGAGCAUCCAUGCAGCAGUCUGAGAGAGAAGUAGAAGAACUGCAUCAUGAUAUUGAUGAUCUUAUGCUAAAGAAGAAAGAAUUGGAACAUGAACUAGAAGAAUUGCACAGAACCAUCCAGAAACAUCAACAGCGAAAAGACUUCAUUGAUGGGAAUGUUGAGAGUCUUAUGACUGAACUAGAAAUAGAAAAAUCACUCAAACACCAUGAAGACAUUGUAGAUGAAAUUGAGUGCAUAGAGAAGACCCUUCUGAAACGUCGCUCAGAGCUCAGGGAAGCUGACCGACUCCUGGCAGAGGCUGAAAGUGAACUUUCUUGCACUAAAGAGAAGACAAAGGAUGCUGUUGAAAAGUUUGCUGAAGCCAAGAGAAAUUUAUUACAAACCGAGUCAGAUGCUGAGGAGUUAGAAAAAAGAGCUCAGGAGACUGCUGUUAACCUUGUGAAAGCUGACCAGCAACUGAGAUUACUCCAGGCAGACACAAAGGAUUUGGAGCAGCACAAAAUCAAGCAAGAGGAAAUCUUGAAAGAAAUAAAUAAAGCUGUAGCAACAAAAGAAACAGACUUCCAGUGUCUAAGCAAGAAGAAAGAAAAACUGACCGAAGAGCUUCAGAACCUGCAGAGAGACAUUGACAUAGCAGAACGCAGUGAGGAUCACCACCUGCAGGUCCUCAAGGAAUCUGAGACUCUUCUUCAGGCCAAGAAAGCUGAGCUAGAAACACUAAAAAGUCAGGUGGCAGGUCAGCAGCAGGAGAUGGUCACCUUAGACAGCCAGCUAGGGCACAAGAAGGAGGAGCUGCUUCUACUCCAAGAAAGCAUGGCCCAGGCAAAGGCUGACCUCCAGGAAGCACUGGCCCUGGGAGAAACUGAAGUAGCUGAGAAGUGCAGUCACAUUAGGGAAGUAAAAUCACUUCUGGAAGAGCUGAGCUUUCAGAAAGGAGAACUGAAUGUCCACAUUUGUGAAAAAAAAACUCAACUUGCACUUAUAAAGCAGGAAAUUGAAAAAGAGGAAGAAAAUCUUCAGGUAAUUUUACGGCAGAUGUCCAAACAUAAAACUGAGCUGAAGAAUAUUCUAGACAUACUUCAGCUUGAAAGCAAUGAGCUACAAGGACUGAAGUUACAACAUGAUCAAAAGGUGUCUGAGUUAGAGAAGACUCAAGUUGCGGUCCUGGAGGAGAAACUGGAGCUAGAGAAUUUGCAGCAGUCUGCCCAGCAACAGAAAAGGGAAAUAGAGUGGCAGAAGCAGGUGCUCGAAAGGGACAAGAGAGAAAUAGAACGAAUGACUGCUGAGAUUCAGUCACUGCAGCCCUGUGUUGAAUGUCUGAGCAAAGAGAAGGAUGAACUCCAAGAAAAAUGUGAUAAUUGGGAAACAAAGUUGUCACACACCAAAAGGCUUUUAGCAGCUACAGAAGAAAACAACAAAAUGGAGCGAUCAAACUUAGAAAAGUUGGAAUUGAGUGUCCGAGAAGUGCAGCAGCAGCUGGAACAGCUGAAUCAAGACAGGCUUUCAGUCCAGGGAGAGAUUGCAGCAAUGCAGCACCAGCUACAAGAAAAACAAGAGGCAGUAAACUCACUUCGUGAAGAACUAGCUAAUGUCCAAGAUCAUUUGAACCUAGCAAAACAGGACUUGCUUCACACUACCAAGCGUCAGAAUGUACUACUUGGUGAGCAGAGCCAGCUUCAGAGGGACAUCAGUGAAUGGGUUGAGAGGUCUGAGAACUGUCAGAAAGAAAUGAAGACAAAAGAACACCAACUCCAAGCACUUCAGAAUGAGAUCAAAAAACACAGGCUCACACUUGACCAACAAGAAAUGAUGUCUCAGGGACUCCAGAAAGAGAGGGAGCGUGAAGAACAAAAGCUAGAAGCUAGUAAAGUGGCACUGCAGACACAGCGGGAGCAGUUGGAGAAGGAGUGGACAGAGCAGAAGAGCAAGCUGGAGCAGGUGCUCACAGAGGUGGCAGUGGCUGAAGAGCGUGUCAAGACCCUGCGGAAAGAGGAGAGGUGUAGUGAGACCCUGGAGAAGACACUCUCCCAGACCAAACGUCAGCUUUCAGAACGGGAGCAGCAAUUAAUGGAAAAGUCAAAUGAGCUGCUGGCCCUCCAGAAAGAGGCAGACACCAUGAGGGCAGAUUUCAGCCUGCUGCGGAACCAGUUCUUGACAGAAAGAAAGAAGGCUGAGAAGCAGGUGGCUGGCCUGAAAGAUGCACUUAAGACCCAGCGGAGUCAGCUAGAGAAGAACCUUCUUGAGCAAAAACAGGAGAACAGCUGCAUGCAAAAGGAAAUGGCAACAAUUGAACUGGUAGCUCAGGACAACCAUGAGCGUGCGAGGCGUCUAAUGAAGGAGCUCAACCAGAUGCAGCAUGAGUACCUGGAGCUCAAGAAACAGAUGGCAAACCAGAAGGAUUUAGAGAGAAGACAGAUGGAGAUCAGUGAUGCAAUGAGGACACUCAAGUCUGAGGUUAAAGAUGAGAUCAGAACCAGCCUGAAGAAUCUCAACCAGUUCCUUCCAGAACUACCAGAAGAUCUAACGGCUAUUUUGGAAAGAAAUGAAAACCUAGAAGGAGGGUUGGAAAGUUUGAAAGAGAACUUUCCGUUCACCAUGAAUGAGAGACCUUUCGAAGAAAAACUGAGCUUUUCUCAAGCUCACAUCCUGGAUGAGCACUGGCGUGGAGAAGCACUCCGGGAGAGACUGCGCCACCGUGAAGAUCGGCUCAAGGCUCAACUUCGACAGUGCAUGUCCAAGCAAGCAGAAGUACUAAGCAAAGGAAAACGGCAGACAGAGGGCACUUUACAUAGUCUGAGGAGACAAGUCGAUGCUUUAGGGGAACUGGUCACUAGCACCUCUGUAGAUUCAACAUCAUCAACCAGUCUGUCUCAGCUGGAGUCUUCCCUUGUAGAGGGUUCUCAGCUCAGGCAAAGUCAAAGUUCCUUCCACAUUCUACAAGGUCCAUCAGAUAGUUACCGACACUGAUGCCAUUGAAUUUCCUGCUCACGGGGAAAAAAAUGGCGCAACACAAAUAAUACUGUCUUGCACACCAGUAAGAAAAUAGCUACUCACUACCUCACUGAUAUUCUAAUUAGAAGGCCACUGGUUAUUAUCGAGAUCCCUGGAAGGUAUACUGCAGAUCCACUGCACUUAUGCUUCUACCAUUAGCGCCAAGGGUUUUGUUGAUCACUUGUAGAUGUGGAACUAGUUGUAAACAGUUUAAAACUAGGGUGCUACAUGGAUGUUUUACUGUUUUUAAUCGUGAAAUGUUUUUUGUAAUGCCAGUGAAUUGUUUUAAAUGCAUAUAUUGAAUGUAUACACUGGUAAAUCUAGUUAAAAUGAAAAAGAAUGUACUUAAAGCUCCUCUUUAUGCAAUAGUUAUUUUUGGAUCCUUCUUAAAAGUCUAUUUUUCAUAUGAAAAUAAAGUA